CCUCGCGAGUUUCCGUCGUCUACAUCAUGACGUCAGCAUAAAAACAAACUUGCUAGCUCCUGUCAGCUCUGUCGUAACAGCUCAAUGGGAAAAGCAAAUAAAUUAAGAAUUGAAAUCGAAAGAUACUGGCACAUCAACCGCCUGUAUGUGAAAUUAAUUUGAGCAGUUGGUGAGAAGACAAAGAACAGACGGCCUGGCCAUUCUUUCACCUGACCGCUAGCCAGCCGGAGAGACGGGGAACAGGAUAGGGAAGCAGCGCGGAGCAGGCGCCGCGGAGCCACCGGAGAAGAUGGCAGGCAGCCCGGAGAAGAGUUCCACGGCACAGGAGCUGAAGGAACAGGGCAACCGACUGUUCCUCUGCCGCAAGUACCAGGAGGCUGCCACCUGCUACAGCAAAGCCAUUAACCGUAACCCGUUGGUGGCAGUAUACUACACCAACCGGGCUCUGUGCCACUUGAAGCUGCAGCAGCACGACAAAGCCCUGGCGGACUGCAAGCACGCGCUGGAGAUGGACCCCCAGUCGGUCAAGGCCCACUUCUUCCUGGGCCAGUGUCACCUGGAGCUGGAGAACUAUGACGAGGCCAUCGGCAACCUGCAGAGAGCUUACAACCUGGCCAAGGAGCAACGGCUGAACUUUGGAGACGACAUCCCAAGUGCCCUGCGGCUCGCCAAAAAGAAACGUUGGAACAGCAUCGAGGAGAAGCGCAUCAACCAGGAGAACGAGCUGCUUGCCUAUCUCACCAAACUCAUCCUGGCUGAGAAGGAGAGGGAAGUGGCGGAUUGCCGGGAAAACAAAGAGUCGGACAAUCCGAGUGGCAGCGGCGUCGUCAAGAUCAAAUCAAAACAUGACAAGUUCCUUAUGGACAUGGAGGAGCUCUUUUCACAAGUGGACGAGAAGAGAAAAAAGCGGGAGAUCCCUGACUACCUGUGUGGAAAGAUCAGCUUUGAGUUGAUGAGGGAGCCCUGCAUCACCCCCAGUGGGAUCACCUACGACCGCAAGGACAUUGAGGAGCAUCUACAGCGAGUGGGUCAUUUUGACCCGGUCACCCGGAGUCCUCUGACUCACGACCAGCUGAUCCCCAACCUGGCCAUGAAGGAGGUCAUCGACGCCUUUAUCCAGGAGAACGGUUGGGUGGAGGACUAUUGAACCCCCAUAACCCGAACCCCCUAUGGCUCGUAGAUCCACACGCCCCAGAGCUGAGAGCCACACCAGAAGUGUCCAAGGAAAAAAAUAAGAAAAAAAGGAAGUGACAGAAUUCACAAACUCCCUCCUGGACAUGCACUUUACACAUAGGGGGGGUCACACUAUGGACUGCAAAAUGACAGCCAUAUCUCGAGGUGAUUCCUCUCUCUUUCUAAAUCGGUCUCCUCUCUCCUCCCCUUCUCUCUAAAUCUUUCUUUAUCGCUUCCCUUCCUCUGAUAGUCCUCUCUCCCUCAGAAUUGGGGGCCAUGUUUCUCAGGUCUCUCUCUCUCCCCCUCUAUCUCUCUGUGCCACAAUUCUCUCUGAACGCACUGCACGCUGGUCUCAAAACCCUCUAAUGUAAAGCUUCCAAUCGCUUCUCAAAUAUAACCAUUGGAACUAUCUACCUAAAUGAUGAAAAUAUUAGCCUUUUAUCUUACUCUUACUCCAGUAUUUUUGUUUAUUUCAAUUUAUUAUUUUUAAACAUAAUGGGUUAGUUGUACUGUAAUGACUUAUUUCCCACAAUUCAGUGUUGGUGGUCUUGGUCAAUUUGAUGCCAAAUUGUUAUUUUACUUUUCAAACAAUCUAGUGUGGAUUUUUUUUUAUGCAAGAUAAUGGCAAAUGUGAGAAAUGUAUUAUAGAAAAACUGACCAACCAAGUCGGUCUGCUUCAAGUCAUUGCCUGUGAUCUGGAGUUAUAACAAGAUCAUACAAACUAUAAUGUUCCAACUGAUGGUCAACGGUCCUCUAUUGCAUUAUAUCAGUCCCUCAUAGCGGGCAGUUAUACUAUGUUGAAUGUAUGCAUAUAGUGAGAGUGAAUAGAUUAAACCUAUUUUAUUUUACAAC